AGCAAUACACUGAAGGAUUUUGUAGUGGCUUUACAGGCAGGAAAAUAUUUACUGCCUACCUUAAGUAAUUUGAUGUUAUUCGUUUAGUUUCUCUUGCAACGUUGCGAGUGUAUUAAAUAAACAUAAUUACUAGUUGUGUACAUAGUAGCUCAAUCCUUCUUCCCAAAACAAGAUCUUCCAAUAUAUCUCUCGGUAAAGUAAAAGCUCUCGAAGACGAACUUUGAAGAAACAUGAGAGCCCAUUUUGGUUUUAGAAGAAUUUAGUAAGAACACAAGACGUUUCUCUUUGGACAUAUAAAAGAAAAGUUCAGUUUUAGGCUAUUAAUAUCAUUACAUUUUACAUUUUUCUUUAUAAAUAUGGAAAUUUUGGAACUAUUACAUGAAUUUUUAUUGAAUACCUGAAUAGCAUAGGACUUCUUACCUUUCGUUAAAUAAUCUGCUUGAAUCAGUACUUUAGCUGAAAAAGUCUUAUAUAUUAAGUAACAUAACCAUAAGCUCAGCAGACAUUGAGCCGAGCCUGGCUGCCUGCAAGGGUUGGCCCGGCUCGGCCACUGGUCAAUCGGUGGCAGUCGACUAUGGCUCUAGAGCGGAAGCGUUCCACCAGACGCAGUGGUUCCCGCUACGCCGGCAAGAAACGUCGCCCGGUCAACAAAUGCAAGACGUGCUGCCGCAAGUUCACGGCUUUCAUGUUCUCCCAUGUCGGGUUGUGUGGAUUAGUUGUCGGCUACAGUAUCAUGGGCGCUUUCGCUUUCCGGGCACUAGAGGCUCCUUAUGAAGAAGUAAAAGCUGGAGAGGUGACAGAUAUGAGACAGAAGACCGUGAGGCGGCUAUGGGACAUCACUUACGACCUCAAUGUGCUCUACAAAGACAAUUGGACUCGGCUUGUAGCUGCAGAAAUUAAACGCUUUCAGUCAGAUUUAAUAGCGGCCGUUAAAGACGGAUACGACGGGAAGGAGUUAGGAGCGGUUCAACAGUGGUCCUUCUCCGGAGCGUUUCUGUAUUCUCUCACAGUCAUCACCACAAUAGGUUAUGGGAAUAUAGCACCAAGAACUAACUGGGGAAAACUGGUAACCAUAGUAUACGCCAUUGUGGGCAUUCCGUUGAUGUUGCUUUAUCUGACCAAUAUAGGAGACAUUCUCGCCAAGUCUUUCAGGUACGUCUAUGGGCGGAUGUGCACCUGUAAGCCCAGUGAUCAUUACAAGAGAGGAAGAAAUAACGAAAACUAUCGAGUUCAACACGUUGUGGCGCACAAUUCCCCUACCAGGCAAAAUGCUUUAGACCCCGGUGUCCAGGAUAAGGUUCAUGUAAAUCCUGAAGAUGAAGUUAGAAUUGAAGCAAUCCCUAACGAGCUUCCUGAAGACCUGGAUUAUCAGAAACCUCGAGUGUCUGUACCAAUUACGCUUUGUUUAGUGAUUAUGGUGAGUUAUAUCUCUGGAGGGGCGGUUAUAUUUUCACUGUGGGAGGGAUGGGAUUUCUUAGACGGUUCCUACUUCUGUUUUGUUACCCUCAGCACCAUCGGCUUUGGUGACCUGGUGCCUGGCGAUUCAGUGGUCAGUGAUAGGGGUUCUCAAGAGAAGUUGGUCAUCUGCUCACUUUACCUGCUGAUUGGUAUGGCGCUGAUCGCCAUGUGCUUCAACUUGAUGCAAGAAGAAGUCAUUCACAAGGUGCGAAACUGUGGCCGAAGAGUUGGAAUUAUUAAAGAUACCGAUGACGAAGAUGACAUAGCGUGAUAGAAAGUGUGGACAAUAGGAGUUUCGACUAACAAAUACUUAACAUGACGGAACAAUAAUGAUAAUAAUAAGUAAUUAAAUAAAGUACCUCACAAAAGCUUGAAAUAAAAAUAAGUGAUAGUAUCGUGCAUAUAAAUCCUUGCAGAAACGGUGCUACUUAAUCACUGGCUGUACCUCUUUCGUUAAGCCGUCACUGUGCAAGGCCUGCUGAUCAGUUUACUGAACGAAAAUAAUUCUUACUCUACUUAUUCCUCUAAGUUUUCAGCCGUAUCAGGAAAACUCAUCUUUACCAGAUAUCCACCUUUUUCAUCACAUUGAGAUACCAGCCGUCUUGUACUUUGCUCUUGUUCUUGUUGAUGGCGAAUGUUGGAUGAAUUGGAAUUCAUCUUCCAUUUGUACAAAUGGUUGAAUAUAUAUACAGAAACUUCUUCAAGGUGUUAAGAUAUUUUUCUCGUUUAAAAUUUCCGUGUAUGUGAGCGUAACUGUACAAGCUGUUUUACUCUUGAGAGUCAAGGGUUUUGAAUUUCCAAGUAAAAUAUU